CUUUACAUCGCCAGCGAGCACGGCCGCGCAGAGGUGGCGGAGCUGCUGGUGAUGCAUGGAGCGAACAUUGAGACCCCGGAGGUGCGAGGGUGGACGCCGCUCAUGGCUGCGGCCUGGAAGGACCACUCGGACGUGAUCAAGGUGCUGCUCAAGCACGGAGCGGCCAUUGAUAAGCGCCAGGAUGACGGAGCCACGCCGCUCUGGAUUGCAUCCGAGCACGGGCAUCUUGAGUGUGUGCGCGUGCUGUUGGAGCACGGAGCUGAUAUGGAGAUCGCGGACAAGACGGGCUGGACGCCGCUCACGGCGUCGGUGAAGGGCGGACGUGCUGAUGUCUUGAAGCUGCUGCUC